CCUGCAGAACAGACUCUCCUCGAGCUCCAAGCGAAUCGCCUUAAGGAUCAUUCAGUUGUCAAGAAGUCUUGCGCGUUGUCCUAGAAGAUGCGGGGUUUUGUAUGCGUAUUAGUGUGUGUAGCGGCACUGGCCGCCCUCAGCAGUGCCCAGUUACGCGGUGGAGGUGAGGGUCAAGGAGGACAUGGUCACGGAGGACCCGGUCACCACCACCCAGGUGGCGGUGGACCUGUCAUACCACCAGUAAGCCCAGACCCAAACAGGAAAGAACCAUGCGCCAAGUACUGGAUACAGGAAGGAGAUAGCUGUUACCUAUUCGACAGUGGUGCUUUCCUGAGGCAGAUUGCUGCUCCCGGUCCAAUUAUCGUCAAUAAUGAAAAUGGGCUAUUCCAGGGAGCAGCGAACACGUACUGCGGCCAGAUGUACCCGGGUGCGUCACUUGUUACAGUCAACAGCCUGGCAGAGAACAACUAUCUGUACGAGUGGGCUGUGAGGAUGAUGGUCGAACCGGUCCCUGUAUGGAUUGGUCUUCACGUAGGCCCAACUGGGCAGUGGCAGUGGUUUAGCGGAGAACCCGUCAACUACACCAACUGGGAAGGUAUGGUGGCACCGGUGCCAGAGCCAGGUCUUGGAGCCAUGAUCUUCGAUGCUGAUAUCCGCAACCAGAUGUUCAACAACCAAGUGGAGAUCACCCCGCAGUGGGUUCCAGAAGAAGCCAGGAACGACUGCCACGCAAUCAUCUGCGAGUACCACCCAUCAGGACUUACCGCACCUACACUCGAAAACAUGAAGUGCUAAUUGAGCUCUUAAAGA